UGUUCGGACGAUUGGUUUCUCGGCCAGGCUUUGGCCGGCUGCUGAUCAUUAAUUUGCGUGUAUAAAAUCAACAACAGCAAAGCUUUCAGGUUUAGUUGAGAUUGAAGUGUAACCUCGCUUUGAACUUGUUAGCCAUAGCUGUGAUUUAUUUAUUUAUUUUCUGAAAAAAAGUGACCGAUAUUCAAACAAACAAACAAAGAUGCGUUUUGCUUUGGGAUUUUUCUUGGUAAUUUGCUUGGUGGCCAUGGCAGUUGCUGUACCCGCCAAAAAUAAGCAAGCUCCUGCCUGCUCUGCAAACUGUGGUGAGAAAUACGAACCAAUUUGUGCCAAGGCCAAAAAUGGUAAUAAGGAACGCCUCCUGACCUUUGGAAAUGAAUGUGUUAUGGGCAACUACAAUUGUCAACACAGUGAUGAUCCCUAUGAAGUCAAAUCCAAGGGCGAAUGUGGUGGCAAUGUCAGUGUCCGUUUAUCCUAAAUAUUUAUGACAAAAAUUUGGCAUGAAAAAUAACAAUAAAAAAUAUAUGAUUUUUUUUUAACAAUUAAAGCAUAUAAUUUAUUUUUGUA